GUAAUCUGAAGGCCCGGUACCCGGAAUCGAUCGCCAGCCGUCGCCGGUCCUGUGGAGGUAGUUAUGUCUUUUCGUAAGGAGCGCGGACGCGGCUCCGCGAUGAAUUUGGUCCCUCUGGAGACGCCGUCCAGGCGCCCGCCUCAGUCAAGUCACAUGACCGAAGCUUGCGUUGAAGGAGGAAGUGUUUUGCUGUGGGGUCCUGGCCUGGGGCAGACAGCGUGCGGGAUGGAGGCGACUUUGGAGCAGCAUUUGGAGGACACAAUGAAGAAUCCAUCCAUUGUUGGAGUCCUAUGCACAGAUUCACAAGGACUUAAUCUGGGCUGCCGUGGUACCCUGUCCGAUGAGCACGCUGGCGUGAUAUCUGUUCUAGCCCAGCAGGCAGCUAAGCUAACCUCUGACCCCACCGACAUCCCUGUGGUGUGUUUAGAAUCAGAUAAUGGGAACGUUAUGAUCCAGAAACACGAUGGCAUCACAGUGGCUGUGCACAAAAUGGUCUCCUGACAUCUGAUGCCAUCUCACCAGGAUUCAGUCAUGCCUGUCUCAGUUAGCUUGUAAAACUAUUAAAGUUCCAGAAAUCAGGCCAUUCACUUAAUAUCCAGUGUGACUUACUUAUUUAUAUGACAGCCAGUUACCAAGACAUCAGUUAGGAGCAUGGUGGCCUUGUUUGGGCUUUUGUCACUCCACUCUUUGGUGACAGUCACUGUAGUCUAGGAUCACAGCCCAUUAUGGCCUAGAACUGUGUAGGCUGUAUGGCAGACUUCAAAUUUAUGGUCUUCCUGCUUCAGACACCUACAUCCUGGUAUUAUAGUGUUUGUCACUAAGGUCUGGGUCACUUUGUAUAUAGAACUUUGUUGUGGUCAAUAAACCUGAGGAAAGUGUGGUUCA